AUGCCCGCCACGAGAAACUCAGAGCUUCGGUGGCUGUGUGGUGGUGAAAUAGUAGUUAUUCCAUUUUUUUCCAAAAGCACAGCCACUAGUUACCAAUCAAAAUCAUCGAUCAACGUGAUCAUGUCUACGUCAACAUCGUAUACUGAGGCGCAGCCUCAGGAGGCGUGUCAGACCCAUCGUCGUUUCAUCUCAGCAUCGGGUUGUUCAUCAGCGUGGUUUGACAAAAACCCCUCCGCGGCGUCUAGUCACACAUUUGCGCCUGGGACGGAACUACACCAGCUUCCACCUCCUAACAAGGGCGACCUUGAGCUCGGCGCCCUUUGUUCGGCGUUGAGCAAGGUUCUUGCGCGGCAGCUGGAAGUGCGGGCGGAGUUGCUACACGCCCAGCAGAGGCUUGCGGAGGAAUCCCAGCGGCUGGAAGCCGUCGCGAAACGGGAGCACGCACGGCUCGAGGCAGCGAAAGCAGUUUACUUGCGGCAAGGCGGCUGACGCUGCGGUGGAAAGAGAGUCUGAGUUUAAAUGUGGCAAGAGGAGUCUACCUGUAUGUAAUUUCAACAAAAUGUUUCAACGCAAAUGCGGGGACCGCUAGCAACAUGCGCUUGUAUCUUCGCCUAGUCUACUAGCACCGAUAUGGCGAGAUCGAGAAUGACGCGCUUCGAUAUGUGGCACCUCGCAGCUCCCCACAAGAUCAAAUGUUUCCGGUUUUUUAUGUCAAAUCAACCAUCGAGGGAGGUUGGUUCUUGGCUAUUGAUUUUGUUCCUUUUGGAAAAGUCGUGAAAGUGAACCAAGUAGGAAGACUCACAGUUUCUGUUUCGAGCUGGAGCCAAUAGGUGUCAUCUCACCUGCAGCGAGCUGCGUGCCACCAGUUACAAGGAUACAAUGCCGGUCGAAGAAGUAGACCACAAGGAC